GGAAGCGGUGCGUCUGGCGGAGGCCUUUAAAGGCAGCCACAGGCGGGGCGGCAGGUGUCACUCCCGGGGACCCGGCUCGUCGGCGUUGGCGCGGUCGGCCUAGGCGACAGGGCUGCAGUGAGUGUUUACGAAGGAGGAAAACCGUUUUGCUUCAAGAUUUUUUCCCCCUAAUUUCUUCUACAAAUCAAAACAUCUCAACAUGGAGGCUUAAUUCCCUUAAAAGGGACUUAGUCUAAUCUCGGGAGGUAGUUUUGUGCAUGAAUCAACAAAUUAAUCAAUUAACCGGCGUUUUUGUUAUAGAAGCCAAAGAGUGUUAAUUUGAAAAUUUUGAUCUAAUUAUAUGAGGUAUAACUGUAUCAGUUUGAUUUUUGAAUUAGAUUUGUGGGAGUAAAGAACAGGAGUGAUUGUAGCUGGGACAUAUUAUUGAAGCAUUUUUUUUGCAAGAUUGGCUUGGCAAUUUCCUAUUGGCUGCUGUGUAGAAUAAAACAACAACAAACCUGUAUUUGUGAAGAUUUAACAAUGAUCGACAAUUAUCUAGAACAGAAAGUCAAUAGUCAACACGUGGUAAAAUUAGAGAAAUAUGCAAUUGAAUCUUUUGAUCUGUUAAGAAUUUUCUGCCAAGAAAUGUCAAUAGCAAAACAUUUUGAUAGGUACAACAAAUUUAGAGGAAAUAGGAAAGAUAAACGUGAUGACUGGUAAAGAAAUUAUCCAGUUGCAAGAUUUGUUCAAAUGGGCUGUUAUUUCUGAGGAUGAUGGUUGAAUGGUUACCUUUUGGUAAACGAACAAAGUGACUUGGAAAGCAAAUUUGUACGAAGACAGUGAUAAAUAUAAAGAAAGGUUGUAUAGCCAUGUGUGAAAUCUUGGCCAAGUGAAAGGACUGAUGAAGUUAGACACAGUGACUUCCCUUUGCAGGAAGUAUUCUUGGGUAGUGAGACAGGAUGUUUCUCCCACCACCUGGACACAGAGUACUGAAAUCUGCAGUUAGAAAACCCCGACAUUUGUGAGAUCAAGGAAACCAUGCUUGCAAAUCACUGGUAGAAAACCGCAAUGACUUGUUACUGGUCAUUGAGAGUAUUAUUGUCAGAGAACCCAUUUUCCAAUGGCUAGUAAGUCGUAAUUGGGAAAUUCUGAAAUUUGACAAGGUUUCUGCUGUUCAAAUGGUAAAUUUAUUAUUCUUUUUGUGUUGAAACGUUCUGGUUCGAGGUAUGCUAUCUGUGAAGUAAGUUCUGCCCCAAACUAAAUUUGUGUAAUUUGACUAUCCAUUUUAGACUUGGCACUUUGUGUCUUUUGAACUGUUUUUAAAAAGAAAUUCAAUUCCAGAGUGGAAAAUUUAAUGUUGGCUCUAGGGACAAUUAGGAAAACAAAAUUGUUUAAGCAGGUGAUAACUUGAAUAACUCUACCAUGUUAGCCCCAAACAAAACAUCUGGAAAGGAUUCAUUAUUUUAUAGCCAUAUCCGAAUUAUCUUAAGAAAAUUUUUGUUUAGCCAAGGGAACAUUAUAUGUAAAAUGACUCUGUUUUUCCAAAAGUACCCUGAAUAUAGUAAUUAAGUGCAAUUUUGUUAUUGGCACAAUCUCUGUUUGCAACACCUGUUAUUUACCAUAAUUAUAAGGGGUGUUUUCAGGGUCAAGCCAACCAUGCCUUUAGGAUGACAAAGCAGUAAUGUUGAGUUGCUUUAAUAGCAUGAAGUUGGGUCCAAAAGACCAACCAAGCAAAUAUACUAAUCUGAUGAUUUAUUUAAAAUAGAAUGUUUAUUUUUUUUUUAAGAUCUUAGAGUAUCACUCCAAACAAGCAUGUUUCUCAUGAUCUGUGAGGAAGUGUACCUUAAGAAGUAAAGAAUGCUGCUAAUUAAAAAGUUUUGCCAUCAGUAGUUAGACAACUGUCAAUAACAGGUAUUCAAACAGGCACCUUAGAAGCAAUGGAAGAUCGUAAUUUUUUUCCUCCUUUGACUUAGGUCUCAUGCUUUUUUUCUUUUUCCUGGCAAACAAAUUUCACAACUUCCAAAAAGCAAAAUUAAUAUGAUUUGAAUAUGUUGCUAGAGACCUUUGUGGAGCACGGCUUUGUGCCAUGAAAAGCAGCUUGCUUUGAAGCCAUUUUGUCUUUAGUUGAAUGCCACUGACUCAGGAGUUGACCUGUGCCCGGCACUCUGUGGCAUCUUGAGGACCUAGAACACUUCAGCUUCUAUCAAGUUUGAGUUAGCUUUUGUCACAGGCCACUCAUGUUUUCUUUGUGUUUCAACAGGGGUGUAUCAUGGUGUGGUGAGGUGUAACUGUCUGUUAAAAAUGUCUGUCUAGGAUGUAGAAUCUCGCAGAGCUGAAACUCUGAACUCAGAGAAGAAAAAAGAAUGAAUGAUUUCUUAUUUUCCAUGAUGCUCAAACUAAAGAAAUCAAAAGCAAUGCACAAAACUACCUCCCCAGAGAAAGACUAGUCCCUUUUCCUCUGCUUACAUUUCAUCAUGAACAUAGUAGAAAAUAGCAUCUUUUUAGCGAAUUUGAUGAAAAGCGCCAACACUUUUGAACUGAAAUACGACUUUUCGUGUGAGCUCUACCGAAUGUCCACAUAUUCCACGUUCCCUGCUGGGGUCCCUGUCUCAGAACGGAGUCUUGCUCGUGCUGGUUUCUAUUACACUGGAGUGAAUGACAAGGUCAAGUGCUUCUGUUGUGGCCUCAUGCUGGAUAACUGGAAACAAGGAGACAAACCCAUCGAAAAGCACAGGAAGUUGUAUCCGAGUUGCAGCUUUGUGCAGAGUCUCAACUCCGUCAACAAUUGGGAAGCAAACUCUCGGUCUACUUUUCCCUCUUCAGUCACAAACGCCACACAUUCAUUCCUCCCAAGUUGGGAACACAGUGGCUAUUUCAGUGGUUCAUAUUCAAGCCUUCCAUCAAAUCCUGUAAACUCCAGAGCCAAUCAAGAUUUUUCUGCCUUCAGGGUGAGUCCCUACCACUCUGCGAUGAGUACCGAAAAAGCCAGAUUACUCACCUACCAGUCGUGGCCAUUAACCUUUCUGUCACCGAUGGAUCUGGCUAAAGCAGGCUUUUACUACGUAGGACCCGGAGACAGAGUGGCUUGCUUCGCCUGCGGGGGAAAACUGAGCAACUGGGAGCCGAAGGAUGAUGCUAUGUCAGAACACCUGAGACAUUUCCCCAACUGUCCAUUUCUAGAAAACCAGCUCCAAGAUGCUUCGAGAUACACUGUUUCGAACCUUAGCAUGCAGACCCAUGCUGCCCGCUUCAAAACAUUCUUUAACUGGCCCUCGAGUCUUCUAGUUCAUCCUGAGCAGCUCGCGAGUGCAGGAUUUUAUUAUGUGGGUCACAGUGACGACGUCAAGUGCUUUUGCUGCGAUGGUGGACUGAGGUGCUGGGAACUGGGAGAUGACCCGUGGGUGGAACAUGCCAAGUGGUUUCCAAGGUGUGAAUACUUGAUAAGAAUUAAAGGACAGGAAUUCAUCAGUCGAGUCCAAGCCAGUUACCCUCAUCUACUUGAGCAGCUGUUAUCCACAUCAGACACUCCAGAAGAUGAAAAUGCAGAGCCACCAAUUGUUCAUUUUGGACCUGGAGAAAACCCUUCAGAAGAUGCAGUCAUGAUGAAUACGCCAGUGGUUAAAGCUGCCUUGGACAUGGGCUUCAGCAGAAGGCUAGUGAAGCAGACAGUCCAGAGUAAAAUCCUAGCCACCGGAGAGAACUACAAAACCAUCAGCGAUCUUGUACUGGAUUUGCUAAAUGCAGAAGAUGAAAUAAGGGAAGAGGAGAAGGAAAGAGCAAGCGAGGAAAAAGAGUCAGAUGAUCUGUCGUUAAUCCGGAAAAAUAGAAUGGCACUUUUUCAACAUUUGACUUGUGUGAUUCCAAUCCUGGACAGUCUUCUAACUUCUGGAGUGAUUAAUGAGCAAGAACAUGCUGUUAUUAAACAGAAAACACAAACAUCUUUACAAGCCAGAGAACUCAUUGAUAUUAUUUUAGUAAAAGGAAAUAUUGCAGCCACCGUAUUCAAAGAUUGUUUACAAGAAACUGACCCUGUAUUAUACAAGCAUUUAUUUGUGCAACAGGACAUAAAGUACAUUCCCACGGAAGAUGUUUCAGAUUUACCAAUGGAAGAACAAUUGCGGAGAUUACAAGAAGAAAGGACAUGUAAAGUGUGUAUGGACAAAGAAGUAUCCAUUGUGUUCAUUCCUUGUGGUCACCUCGUUGUAUGCAAAGAUUGUGCCCCUUCUCUAAGAAAAUGUCCUAUUUGCAGGGGUACAAUCAAGGGUACAGUUCGCACGUUUCUUUCAUAAAGAAGAUUGAAGCUUUGUACUUUAGAAUUAAUGGAUUAAAUGUAUCAUAAUGUUUACUUUUACACUGAUUUGAUAGUGAUUUUACUGUAAAUGUUUUAUUACAAUUCAGAAAACUUUUUGUAGAAAUAUGCCUUUAUUUCACCUCCAGACCUCUUCCAUACUUCCAUACUUCCCUAAGACCUCCUGAGUGUUGAGGCCCAGCUUAGGUCCCUUCCUAUAAGAUGUUUCUUCCUUUAUAAUGCUACAGCAUAAAGAUCAACACACCUGGCUUUCAUCUGUAGCAUUUUAUGGGAUGCCUGAGACAAAAAAUCAAACCAUCCCCUCAGUAAAUUUGUUUGUUCAUUUAUCUAUUGAUUCAUCCCAGAAGUCUCUCACUAUCCCUAACCAUGGGGAGAAGCCCCUCAUUUUACUCUCACCACUUGAGUAUUUAUUCUGGAACUUAGCAGCCCUUGGCACCAAUAGCUUGUCCUGGUGAAGAAAUGUGUUCUGUUUUGUUAGGGCGGCAACAUUGCCUCCAUUACAUAGCUUCAUGGAUACUCAACAUGUCCAACACAUAUUUCUCUAUUCUUUGUUCCCUCUAGAGGUAUUAGGACUUUAAAGACCAGAAGUAAAAUGGUAAUGGAGAGUAGGGUGGGGAAGACAGGCAAAGACCAAUCAUCUAAACGGCCCUAGAUGUCUGUUAGAGUUCUAAAAAGAAAGAUUAGAGACCACACAGGGGCCAGUG